UAAACCUUGUCGAUGACCUACCUCCAUGAUCAUGUCUUAUAAUCGGCGCGCGAUGAAUGACGAGGACGACGAGACUAUACCAGACCGCAGAGGGCGCCCGCAAGUAGCGUAAGUGGAGAUUCCCGUCUCAUUUGGGCAUUUACGUGUAGCUGGCAGUGCUGUCAAGGGAUUGUCUAAUGCUGAUCAUAACUAAUUAGAAUUGAUUGUGAUAGAAGCUGGUCCACCAUGGAUGGUCAACAGGUGACAGUGGCCAUACCUCCAGAUGUAUUGGAUUCUCUGUGCAGUCGUUUUUUGAUCAACAUCCCUGCAGAGGAGAGAAACAACAUGAUACGUGUGUUCUUUCAGAUUGAGCUGGCCCACUGGUUCUACAUUGACUUCUACAGAGCUGAGAAACAUUUCCUGCCCAGCUGUGGUAUUAAGGAAUUCUCCAAAGCCAUUUUCAGGCAUUGCCCCUUUCUUAAAGAGUACAAUGCCAAAGUUGAUGAGCAUUUUGCAGAGUGGAAGGAGUACAAAAUGAGUGUGCCAACCUAUGGUGCCAUAAUGUUGGAUACAACACUUCAAAAUAUUGUUAUGGUACAGAGCUUCUUUAGCAAAACCAGCUGGGGCUUCCCCAAAGGCAAAGUCAAUCAAGGUGAAUCUCCCAAACAAUGUGCAAUAAGAGAGGUGCAAGAGGAGACAGGAUUUGACAUUACAGGAUUGAUUAACGAGGAGGAAUUUAUUGAAGCUACAUUUAAUGAUCAAUUAGCGAGGCUGUAUGUGGUGCCCAACGUCCCCAUGGACACCGACUUCAAACCAAAGACUAGGGGAGAAAUUAAGGAUGUCAAAUGGUUUCACAUUGAUGAUCUUCCAACCAACAAGAAAGAUAAUGCACCCAAGAUCAACCUGGGACUUAACCCUAACAACUUCUUCAUGGCAAUUCCCUUCAUGAAAACACUGAAGAAGAGAAUCAUCAAAAGGAAAGGACAGAAAGACCCACCACGCAUUGAAUCCCCACUGGCUGCUCUGACUAAACUAACACAGCCACAACUGCUGCAGCAGCAAACUAUCACAGAAACAUUGCAAAAUCCCAGCAGCGGCAAACAGAAGACAGCAGGUUCCAGUGUCAAUGGAAUAACAGAGAACAGACUUAUGAAUGACCACAGACACAAAAUGAAACAGCAACGGGCAUUCUCAAGUCAAAACCAGAGCCAGACCGAGCUCUUCCUCAGAUUCAAAGAUCCACAUCAGGAAUUCCAAAAUGGGAUGACUGGGAGACACAAACUGCAGUAUAACAGGGCUUCUCCUACAAUGGGACAGGGACAGCUGAAGGGAAAGGGCCAACAGAGUGGGACUACCACCCAACAACACAAGUACCAAAUUCUGACCAGAAACCACUUGAAAGAAGGCAUAAAUGAUAUUGCUACUGAUGCAGUUAUAACAAAUAAAGACAACCAGCUGAACCAGCAAGGGAGACUUACAGCAUCAGCCUUUGUAAACUUUCGCCUGGACACUGUAGCCCUUAUGAAAGCAUUUGACAUUGGACUGUAUGGAAGAGGUGUUACACGGUAAAUCCUUUUCUGCAAGAUUUAUAUUUGGUGAGAUCCUGCCAACAGUGCAUCACACAACACUUCUGGAAAGCUUAGCCAGGGAAAGAUGGAAUAAGGGCUUGGGAAAAAGAAAGUUUCCAUUUUUAUAAGGUUGUUUCUCAAAGUGCCUUUUGUAGGUGUGGGAGGUUGAAGUGAAGGUGGGUGAAGUGCUGUGGGCAAACUGUAGACCUCAAAGAAGGAUGUCAAGAUUUGUUUGCAAGAAUACACAAACAGACUUUUACUUCAGAAUCAAUUAACUCCUGGCAUUCUCCAUCUGGUUUGAAGUGCAUGUAUUUCAGAACUUAAGUUUAAAUUAUCGCCAUUAUUAUCAUCUAUUCUUUUUUUGCAAGCUUGUCUUUCUGUAAUCUUUUAGUGGCAAUAUAGGAAAUGUGCGUCUUACUUUUUAAGUUACGUGAAAUGUACAGAACACGUGUCAGUUUUUAGUGUUUUUUUACUGCUGUAAAUUGUUAAUAUCAGAUUUACAAGAAAAUACAAAAAUGAAUCAUCACAUUCAGAGCAAUGUAUAACCGGUAAGAUCUUGCUAUUUGUUUUUAAUGUCUGUGUAAAGGAGGAAACAGUCAAAAACAUUGGGAAUCUAAAUAUUAUUUCAAUAUUCAUUUUGGAGAAUACAAUAACUACCAUGUAAGGGCCCUAUUUUGUUAUACAAAUUUAUAAAAAUUAAGCAUUCUGACUGAGCUAGAUGCAAGUUUAUACUUAUUCACAUCUGCAAGUACAUGUAUGAUGAAAAUGAAUCGACAGCACCACUAACAACUUGUUCAGCAAAUGCAGCAUCUUUCAUAAUGCGAAAGACAUUUUGCAAUUCCACAAAAUGCAGCAGUUAUCUCAAUUUGCAGAUUACUGAGUGUGUGAGAAAAUCAUGCUUUAUUAUAAUCAUCCAUUGAAUUCAUCCAGAAAGAAGCAUACCACAGACAUAUACAUGUAAAUGGAUAGACCGCCAGUCUUGCGAGUAAAACUGAUUUGGAAAAGUACAGGCAAACCGUUUGUUGACAGCACGUAACUAUGCAACGCGCAUUCAAUAUGCGGCUUCGCGAUUAAUACAAUUGUACAUUUGCAUACAGUACAUACUUUUGGGGGGUUAAAAAUAAGGUUGUUUUACUCGAAAUCUGCAUGAAAAAGAUGGGUACCAUAUUGUUUUUUAAUCUACCUAAAUCAUACUUGGUACACAAGGGAUAUCUUUUUACAAUCAACAUUUUUUUGACUGGAAUUCUUCAUCUGUGUGUAAACUUCCCAUACCAAGAGGUAAAUUUGCCCCAUAGAGCUAUAUUUAAUUACCCUAGAGCGCUAACUCCUCACUCUUGUGAGCGGAAAUACUUUGAAGCCGUCCUGCACGCAGACAUUUUUAAUUAAUGCGUGAGUUUGUAGAACAUUGUGAAAUUAGAUGGAGUGAAUUUUGAAAGUGUACUCUAAAUGCAAGGCGCAAGUAGAAACAUACAAAACACUUUAAGCGCGUCAUGACGGUUAAAAAAGCUUCCGGCAUAAAUCAUCUGCAGCAGAUACGCACUGUUUGCGUUGAUGGUGCAAAGCAAAAUGAAACGCUCAUUUGCUGAUUGUACGUUUCGGUUUUUGGGUGUAUCAGCUUUGAUAAUGCACCUGUAUAAAAUACAAAUGCAGAUAUGCAAAUAGCCGUACAAAAUGUUUAGUUUUCCAUAGGUUUGUGCACAAACAUGGAUGCGCCCAGCAGGCAUCACUUUGUACAUCGAGCCAGCACUCUAGUAAUUUAAUAUGGCUCUAUGAUUUGCCCAUAGUUUUGAUUUUAGUCGGGGGCCGCGCAGAUCAUGAAAUGCGCAUGUACUUUCGAAUAGGACCUGGCAGUUUAUGCGUUUAUUGUAUACAUGUAUGAAGCAUACGAAAUAAACUGAAACUGGUACACAAGCCAUAUGCAGCGGCAGGUGGGGGGGGGAGGGUUCCCACAUUCGGUGAACUUGUUCCUUUGCCAUAACUGAAACUUAUGUACUAUGCCCCUCCACUUUCAUACACGUCCGGCUGCCAAUGAGGCAAGCUUAACCAAAUGGUUAGACAAAUGUACUGUAGUGAUAUGUAUACAUGUACAAUGUAUGAAAUGAUUCGGAAUUGGAAAUUCUGGACAAACAUAUGAAAUUUCCAGGGUUUGCAAAUCCUCAUAUUAUUAUAUAGACUGUUGUGUAUUUAUAAUGUGUUUUUUUUUCAUAGAAUAAAUGACCAUUAUACUAAUAACUCAAUUUUUUUCAAUCAUUACAAUUUUAAGAAAGUACAGUUAGUGGAUUAGGUGUUGUCUUCCUUUAAUAGUAUGGCAGUUCAUCACAAGAUGAAAGUGUACUGUACUCCAGAAUAUCAGAUCCUGCUUGAGGUACCUGUAGGUUUCUCAUCAUGAAUUCAUCACUCGGCUUGCUGAAAACUAAAAAGUACUUAUUCUUUGUGUAAAAUGAUUGCAAAUAUUGCUUCAAACUGUGUAACUUUUUUUCUUUUAUUUUUAUAACCACAUGUUUUUACUCAUGCUUGUACAAGUUUUUGAGAGAGAUACAUAUACAUGUACAUAUACAUGUACCGGUAUGCUU